AUGCUCGGCACGCUGGUGCUCGCCGUCGCUCUGGCGGUCCUGUCGGCCGCGCCGGCGGCUGCCUGCGUGACCCAGUCAGAUGACUCGCCGCAGACGGAGUGGACCUGGCCGCAGAAGCUAUCGCUAUCGGCGGCGCUGACCUCAGCGCCGAGCGGCGCCGAUGUGGACCAGGCCGACGAGCCGGUCCGCUACCGGCUGCGGGCGUUCGGCCGUGACCUGACGCUGCGCCUGCGGCUGGACGACGGGUUCGCCGGGCCUCAGCUGCGCGUGCAGCGCGAGCACCGCAACUUCAGCGAGGUGGAGCUGCUGCACAAGGCUACCGCCCGCUGCUUCUACCGGGGCGAGGUGGAGCACGAGCCCGGCUCGGAGGUGGCCGUCAGCCUCUGCGGGGGAAUGACGGGCCACAUCCGCACGGCCGAGGGUACAUACCUGAUCUGGCCUGCCGACACCCCGGAGCCGGAAGUGGCCGGCACUCACGUGAUGCAGCGUUACCCGACGGCUCCCUCGACCCCAGUCUACGGGGACGACCGGCAUCGGUGGCGACGCUCCAUCAGUGACCCCUACUUCAUAGAGGUCAUGGUGGCCGCAGACGCCAAGAUGGCCGAGUACCACGGCGACCAGCUGCAGCAGUACAUUCUCACCCUCAUGUCAAUAGUUGGACUUAUCUACAAGGAUCCUAGUAUAGGCAACUCUGUGACAAUAUCCGUAGCGCGCAUUGUGCUGAUUGAUAGUGAUGUGCUAGAUGUUGGCAAGCCCAGCAAUUGGAAGAACGGCAAGUCGGCUUCGGGCAUUUUGCACCGGUUCUGCCGAUGGCAACAGGAUCUCAAUGACAAGGACGUCAACAGCCCCAGCCACUUUGACACGGCGGUUCUCCUCACGAGGGAGAAUAUCUGCCGUAACCCGGCGCUGCAGCGGUGCGACACGCUGGGCCUGGCCGAGCUGGGCACCAUGUGCGACCCACGCGCCUCCUGCUCCAUCAUCCAGGACAACGGCCUCAGCGCCGCCUUCACCGUGGCGCACGAGCUCGGACACGUUCUAAACAUUCCCCAUGACGACGACUUCAAGUGCAAGCCGUUCAUGGGGCCUGAUAAGGCCGAGUACGCCAUGUCGCGGAUGCUGAACCACAACACACACCCGUGGUCGUGGUCCAACUGCAGUCGGCACUUCCUCACCGACUACCUAUCCGGCGACUACGGCCAGUGUCUGAAGAACCGGCCGCUGGCACCGAGCCCUCUGCGCCAGGCGGGCGGCGACCGGCAGCCCACUCAACACCCCGGCGAGACGUACAACGCCAGCAGCCAGUGCCAGUUCCUGUUCGGCAGGGAGUUCAAAGUGUGCUCGUACAUGCCGGUCUGCAAGCGGCUGUGGUGCACCACAGGCGAGGAAGAGGCCGGCUGCCGCACGCAACACAUGCCUUGGGCCGACGGCACGCCCUGCGGCGUCGGCCGCUGGUGCCUGAAGGGCGACUGUGUGCCCAGCGGCCGACGCGCCAACACCGUCCACGGCGGCUGGGGCAGCUGGGGACCAUGGGGCAGCUGCUCGCGGACGUGUGGCGGGGGCAUCCGCCGGUCGGAGCGCGCCUGCAACACACCGACGCCGUCCAACGGCGGCGACUACUGCCUGGGCCGCAGGGUCAGGUACGAGUCGUGUAGCCGCCAGCAGUGUCCCCCGGACAGCACUGAUUUUCGCGAGGCGCAGUGCGCCACCUUCAACGGCAACAACUUCAACAUCAAGGGUCUACCUAGCACCGUCCGCUGGAUUCCAAAGUACACCGGAAUCAAGCCGAAGGACCGCUGUAAGCUGUUCUGUCGGGUGGCCGACUCGAGCGCCUACUACCUGCUGAAGGACAAGGUGCUGGACGGCACGCUCUGCACGCCAGACACGGACGACAUGUGCGUGAACGGCGCCUGCCAUCCGGCCGGCUGUGACCACGUGCUGGGCUCCACUCUGCGCUCAGACCUGUGCGGCGUUUGUGGGGGCGACAACUCCACCUGCCAGGUCAUCAAGGACCGCUUCGACAGCACCGCUCACCCGGUCCGCUACGGCUACAACAGGGUGGUGCGCAUCCCUGCCGGCGCCACACGCGUUGACAUCCGCCAGAUCAGUCACGACAACACCAGCAAGGACGACAACUACCUCGCGCUGAGGUCGCCGUCCUCGGCCAAGUAUAUCCUGAACGGCAACUUUGUGGUCAGCAUGUUCAAGAAAGUGCUGCAGUUUGGCGGCGUGCUGCUUGAGUACACCGGGUCAGACUCGGUAGUCGAGAGAAUCAACUGCAGCAAGCCACUGGAAGAGGACCUGGAACUAUACGUGCUGUCGGUGGGUAGUCUCCGGCCGCCGGAGGUGGUGUACGAGUACGUGGUCUCGCUGGGCGAGGUCGAGACGUACCGCUGGCAGCUGGCCCACCUCUGGACCGACUGCGACCGCGUUUGCCACGGCGUGCAGUACCGGGAGCCGGAGUGUGUGCGCACCUCGGAUCUGGUCCGCGUGGCCGACAGCCACUGCAAGGCGGCCGAGCGGCCCCGGCGCCGCCAGAUGGAGUGCAACUCCCACUGCGAGCUCAAGUGGGAGGUCACGCACCGCUCCGAGUGCUCCUCGGCCUGCGGCCCGGGCAUGCGCACGAACGUGGUGCGCUGCUUCCAGAAGUUUCCUAUGUACGAGAUGUCGCCGAUCGGUGCGCAGUACUGUCGCCAGGUGGCAGGCCGGCCGCCAGACACCGAGCCCUGCCAGGGCACCUGCGAACACACGCGCUGGCGCUACGGCGAGUGGUCUCAGUGUUCUCGGUCCUGCGGAGGGGGCACGCAGAGACGAUCAGCCAACUGCGUCAGCAGCGAGGGCCAGGAGCUGGCCGAGGCGCGCUGCGAGCAGGCGGCGCGCGACACGCAGCGCGAGUGUAACAGCGUUGAGUGUCCCCAGUGGCACGUGGGCAACUGGACUGAGUGCUCCCGUACGUGCGGGGUGGGCCAGCGUCUGCGGCCGCUCUGGUGCUGGCAGCAGGACCGCACCGUCGACGACGCCCUCUGUGACCUCGGCCAGGCGCCGCCGCGGGUCGAGCCGUGCUCAGGCGAGCCGUGCGCUCAGUGGGUCACGGCCGAGUGGUCAGAGUGCUCAGUGACCUGUGGUGCCGGGGUCAGCGUGAGGUCAGUGACCUGCAACUCGGCGGAGGGCGGCCCCGUCAGAGAAUACCUCUGCAAUUCCCCACGACCAUCCGCCAACCGCAACUGCGUCAGGCCGGCCUGCCAGCCCGGACAGCCGAGCACGACGGUGGCGCCGCCGCGGCCCGAGCUGGAAACUAAUCUGAUCGCCACACACCGCGCCAACGUGUGGCGCUGGGGGCGCUGGUCUAAGUGCUCACGGCCCUGCGGCGAGGGCGUGCGGUCUCGCUCCGUGGUCUGCUACAACGCUCGCACGAGCCAGCCGCUGGCCGACGACGCGUGCCGGCACGUGGAGCGGCCCGUAGCCACCGACCAGUGCCGAGAGGCCUACUGCGGCGUGUGGAACACUUCGGCUUGGUCCGACUGUAGCGCCUCCUGCGGGCAGGGUCUGGAGCGCCGCCGAGUGAUGUGCCUGUCGGCGGCGGCCGGCGCGCCGCUGCCGGCCAGCGAGUGUGACGCGCUGACGGCGCCGACCGCCGAGCGGGCCUGCCGCAGCCAGCGCGACUGCACGGGAGGCCGCGAGCCGGAGCGCCACUGGAUCUCCGGCGCCUGGGGGCCGUGCUCCCGCAGCUGCGGCGGCGGGUUCCGGCAGCGGCUAGUGCUGUGCCGUGGGCAGGAGGAGCCGCCGGGCUGCGAUCCCAGCGAGCAGCCCACCCCCACCGAGCCCUGCAACCCCGAACCGUGUCCCUCCUGGCAGACGGGAGAGUGGGGAGAGUGCAGCGUCAGCUGCGGCCCUGGCACCCGUCUACGUCAGGUAGGCUGCCGGAACGCGCAGGGCGCCUCCCGGCCGGACCACCAGUGUCCGGCGGCGGCGCGGCCCGAGGAGGUGCUGCCCUGCCGACAGGCCGCCUGCCGGCCGUCGCCGCCGCCCGCCGGCCAGCCGUUCAGCUGGCGCGUCUCAGCCUGGUCCAAGUGCACCAAGCCGUGCGGACGGCACGGUUACCGGUACCGCAAGGUGCGCUGCGUGAACGGCUCCGGCCGGCGCGUCUCGCGCCGCCAGUGUGCCAAGAGGAGGCGGCCGGCCCGCCGGCGCCGCUGCAACCGGCGUCCCUGCGGUCCCGCCAGCUGCGCGCAGGUGCGCGAGAACAGCAGCCAGCCCACGGACGGCGAGUACCGGCUGGUGGUGGCCGGCCACAACGCCUCCAUCUACUGCCACGGCAUGAACACCAGCCAGCCGCGCGAAUACAUCACCCUGCCGGCGCGGCGGCGCGGGCGCUACUCCAACUUCGCCGAAAUCGACCCCAAACGGCUGAUGCAGUCGUCCAGCUGUCCCUACAACGGCAGUCGUGUGCGGCCGUCCCAGUGUGACGCCUGCGUGCGCACGCGCAGCCCCCACUCGGGCAUGACCGUCUUCAAGCGGGUCCGACUCAACAUCACCUCACUCAAUAUCAUAGCCCGGGACUUCACGUUCGCCGUACAGGUGCGGGGACGACAUGUCAGCUUCGGCGAGUCCGGCGACUGCUACUCCUCGGCAGGAUGCCCGCAGGGCCGUUUCGGCAUCAACCUGGCCGGCACCGGCUUCAGGCUGGCUUCCAACCUCACCUGGGUCGGCAUCGGCAACAAGCCCACCGUCCGCGUCUCACUGAACAAGGCACGGACAGGCGCCAGGGGCCUGUGCGGCGGCUUCUGCGGCACGUGUCGGGCGAACUCGCCCGGCGGCGUGCAGCUGGAGCCGGACCCCUCCUGAGCGAGGCCACCGCGCCGGCAAGGGUCGCUGCGUCGGCUCCAUCGCACCUCAUCUGUACAUACAUCGUGACAUCCGUCUCUGCUAGUCAUGCCAUCCGGUCGUCUCGCAGACGUGGCAACAUCUGUCGAGUGACCCGUGAACUCAAAUGAUCAAGAGUGAGCCACAGCCGGCGCUGUCUCUCUUCGCGAGACCACCUGGUGCCAAGGAUUCUGGGCGAGGGCCAGCCGUUUGUUUGUUUCUGUUUUUAUACAAACAAUAUUCUCCACUGCUUUCCUGGUGUGCAGUGACAUUGUAGCAUCAACCCCGGCAGCUGUCUUCACCGUCGCAUUCAUAAGCGUGGUUAGAAUCGUAGCGAAUGCCCGUCAAAUGAAGCAUUGAUCAGGCUCCGUUAUUGCUUAACGCCGACGACCGCUAGACGUGUUUCGCCAUCCUACUGCCACAAAGUGGACGUGCAUUGCACAGGGUUCCCGAAUACUGUAGACUGCCAAACCGCAAUUGCCAGACUGCCGUACGAAGUCGCUGUUCAGUCUGUUGCGCUCGAAUCUCAAUACUUCUCACUGCCAUAGUGUGGUCGUUCGACCAGGCUUCCUAACGUGCCAUAUUUGCCCGAGAGAGGAUUGGAAAAAGGGCAUGAUACCGGUAGCCAUUAAACUAUGCAGCUGUAUUUAGCUACGGGUGUGGUAAUAGAGUGCGCCUUUAAGCUUAAGAAACUCCUGUUGCAAGAGGCUUGUUGACCCAUUCAGGGUUCGCUGUGAAGGCAAUUACAUUGUAGCAUCCACUGUUAUUGCUUUGUGUCUUAAAACCGUGGUUAUGUACAUAAACACAGAAAUGGUAGCCUUAAUGAAAGGAGCACUGCAUACGCACAAGCGCAAGCCAGGUUUUGGAAAGAGCGCAAAUUGAGCAGCUGCAUGGACGUUGGGCCUUCGGGCAGCGACCUGUUUUCUGGUCAUCUGCACAGUUUUGCAUUAUUCUCGGCAUUGCCUAAUCCCUUCUAGUCUUCCUCUGUCACGCCCACCACAUGACCGAAGCUCAUCGCAGCUGCCGUGCUGUAUUCUGCUGGCGCUCCCGUGACCGGCUGAUGACGUCACUGGUGCUGCGGAUCUGCUGGCCGGAUCAGCGCAUCAGCGCCAGCGUCAUCGGUCGCUGGUUCUGGUGGAUGAGGCCACUCACGCUGCUACGCAGUUUCUCGCCACGGAGAGGAUCGAGCGCGCUCCAGUGUAGCUCAGCGUUGCUUUUUGCGCAGCGGUGCAGUUAGCUGGUGAAUCGUGCCCGAGUCCUGCUCGGAUGGGGACUUUUGGAGUGUGUGUUCGGUGUGUGUGGAGCGGCUAGGAUGCGCACGUGUAAGGUCCGAGAAAAGUCCCCAACCAUUGCUGUGAAGUGACCGCACUGAUGCUCUGACCACCGUCUCGGCUGUUACACGGGGGCUGGGAUUCUGUGGAUCUGAAGUUGGAUCUUGAUAUUGUGUAGCUGCAAGUCAGACCAUGCCAGCAAGCAAAGGCGAGGCAAGGCAUUUGUCAUUAAACACGUCGGCUCGUAGCGCCGAGGUUGUAGAACGCUUCUCCGGGCAUCUGUCCAAGAAAAAGGGAGAUUUCAGAGCACCGUUCGUCAGAUAUUGCGUGUUGUCUGUGUUCAGUCUUGCAAGGGAUGUAGUUUCACAAAAUAUGCUGAUGAUUUAAGCAGGGAAGAAUGGCUAAACCUGCUCUCAAAAUGCCAAGUUAUUAAUGAAAAAACGGAACAACGGACUUCUCUGCAGAUUUCACCUAACUCCCUCUGAAGUUGGGGGUGGGAGUGGGGGAUUUGAGCAGCUGAGAGAAGAGUGAACCAAGCUCCUAGUCUUACACUUUCUGCAAGGCCCCCAACCAGCUGGCCAAUAGGAAGCCUUUACUUGGAACUCAUCCGUUGACAGUUUAGGAUUCUUAGCCCAACCCAGUUUACCGAUUGGUCCCUCCUCUCGUCACGUGACCUCUGUUGACUGCAGAGAUGUCCAUCUGCGUCGUUACAGCCACCGUGCUUUCGCCGGAUCCGGUGUAUGUGUGUGUGUUCGCACGCGCGCGCGUUGUGCAGGUCGGUGACCGACGCUGGCUCGGCCGCGCCCCCGGUGUAAGUCGCCGUCCAACGGCGCCCCCUGGAGCCGUGCCCGUCUGCCAAUACACGGUGCCUG